AUGAUAAUAUUAGACACAAUGGAAGGUGUUGGUGCUUUAGAAGAAGAAGCUCUUAAAAGAAAAGAGAGACUGAAAAAUCUCAAACGUAAACACACAAAUGAUGAAACUGGGGACACUUCUAAAAACGAACCUGUUGUCUUGCCAAAGCCGAAGUUUAGGAGCUACAAACCACAAGAUGAAAACUUACAGAAAGAAAAAUUACAAGACGCUGAACCUGCUCAGGUUGAAGAGGAAGUUAAAGAUCUGGUUGAAGCCGGCAAAGAAAAGGUGGUACUUCAAGACUUGGAUAUAUCUAGUUUAGCGCCUAGAAAGCCGGAUUGGGAUUUGAAGAGAGAUGUAGCAAAGAAAUUGGAGAAACUUGAACGACGAACACAAAAAGCUAUCGCAGAAUUAAUAUGGGAGAGGCUUAAAGAAGGCAAUGAAGAAAAUUUAAGUGCAUUAGUAACUUUGAACGCUAAUAAGUCUACCGAUGAUGAUUGA